AAUGCUAGCAAACGCAGCAACAGAGGAUGCUGUGAAGCGGAGACGAGAAGAAAGGGCACGAUUAGCCAGAAAGGAGAUCUUGGAGCAGAUGAAAGAAACAACCACCCCAUCAUCCCCAGCUUCUAAAUCAUCUUAUUGCUCAUCACGCUCAAAUAUCCCCACCCGCCCAUCAUCUGUUCUCGGAGUUCGAACCGACCGACCCGACAAAUCACUACGAAGUAGUACUGGUUCCGCUCACCUCGAUCGGAAUGCCAUCAUCUCGAAAGCCUCCGUGUAUCAAAGCUUACCAUACUUACCGACGAAAGGAGAGCAGUUUGCUUCAUCAGCAACUUCAACAGCAGAUGAAGCGAGUACGACCGCAAUAGAUGACGAUACGACUGCACAUCGUGUGGAUCGCAUCCUGGACUUUUUGAAAGAGGUGGAGGAAGAUGACGCUAAAAGUGCUGCCAGCAUCAAAGCUGGGUCAGCUGCUAUUGGGGGACUUCUCGGGACGGUGUCGGGCACGUCAAACGUUGGUACAACCGAACCCAUCAUCGGUAGCACAACUGCCGUGUUUGAUGGAGUAAAAGCCAAGAUCAUGGGACAACAAAUGGAGAUCGAGGAAAAGGGGCGUACUCUUGGCAUGCUCAAAAAAGAACUCAAGAAGGUGAAGGAGAGUUUACAUGAUCAGGCUCUGGAAUUCAAGAAGGAACUGAAAUCAAAACUAUCCCUGCAACGCAAAGAGUAUGAAACUAUCAUAAAACGACAUUUAACUUUUAUCGAUAAACUCUUGGCUGAAAAAGAAGACCUGUCAAAAAAGUGUGAGGUGCUCACUGAAGAAGUCAAGAAUCUCGAAAAGCAGUUUAGGGAUAAGUCCAGGGUUCUGGAAGAGCAGCAUGAAAAAGAUCUGAAGCAGCAGCGAGAGCUGUGGCAAGCGGCUGAAAAAGUCAAGCGCGACAAGUGGAUUCAAGAAAAGACCAAGGCUAUCAAAGAUCAAACCAUCAAAGGUCUUGAGCCCGAAAUCCAACGGAUGCUCUCUCAACAAAAGCUUCAAAUCCGGCAGAUGGAGGAAAAGUUCCGGGAAGAUCUAGCUAAAGAGAAGACCCUUUUGGCUGAGCAACAGCAGCGGCAAAUGGAAGCCAUGCGAGACCGUAUCGUGGCGGAACGACAGCGUGCGUGUGAAGAAGAGCGUGAAUUCGCGCGCCAACGCUAUCAAAAGCAGCUUGAACGGGACGAAAUGGAGUUUCAGCAACAAAAGCGCAAACUCCUCGCGGAUUUCGAUGAACAGAAGCACAUUCUUAUGGAAUCCCACAAGAUGGACCGGCAAGCUGAAGAAUCAUCACAUAGAAAACAAAUUGAAGAGCUCCGUCGUCAGGUUGACGUGGAGCGUGAUGCCAAAGAACAGGCUUUGGAAGACGCAAGAAGAAAACAAGCAACGGAACUCUCAAAUCUGCGCGAAAAGCUCGCGAUAGAAAAGGAAGAAUGGCAAACGCACUACAUGGCUAAACAAGAAGCUGAAAUGCGUAACCGUGAAAAAGCGUUCAAAGAAAAGCUUGUCCGUGAACGGGACGCAGAGAUCGAAAUGGUCGUACAACGGCUUGAAUCCGAGACAAGCUGCAAUUCGAGUGAGGCGACUAGGAGGUAUCGUAUGGAAAUUGAGCGUCUAAAAGCCGAGACGGCGGAAGAGGUCAAGCAGUUGCGAGAUCAACAUAGUUUAGCCAUUGACAAGCUUCUCGCUGCACAAAACGAGCUUCGCGCAAUUGAAGAUGCCAAGCGAGAUUUGGAAAAACAGGUCAUCCAGGUGCAGCAUGAGUCAACAGCAAAGGAUAACCUCAUUCGCCAACAAAAGAACGAGCUCUCCCGCCUCAAGGUCGAUGAAGAAACCCUAAUGCAAACGAUACGACGCGACUUUGAAGAACAGCUAGAUGCCAAAGAAGCAACUUUACGUGCUCUCGCGGAUCAAAUCGCGGAGCAUGACGAAAAAAUAGCAAUUCUACAAAGAAAGCAUCGCAAUGAAGUUGAGGAGGUGGUCAAUGAGAAGGACCAAACAGUGAACCUCAUAGAAGAACGAGUCCGAAAAGCGCUGGCGCUUAAAGACGAGUUGGUCACUAGUUUGAAGUCACAGGUGGAGGACCUCAGUAUCAAAAACACACAUCUUGAACGGUUGAUCGAGAAGCAGCGACAGGAACUUUUGAGUUAAAAGUAGAGUCACUUGACAAGCCAAUUCAUGUAAUUAACUGCAUCUGAAAAUAUAAUUCUAUUACAAGUACAUACACA